GGAGGAUUACAGCCCGUCGUCGUCAGUGGGGUCAUUGCCGCGACGCCAUCUUUGUCGGCCUCGUCCACGCCCAGUACUCCUACUGCUACUACGCUCAUCGCCACGCAUCAUGGUCCGACUGCUGCCACUGCGGAACGGGUUCUUCUCGGCGCCGCACAUCUCGGAGACGGAAGAAGUCGAGCUGCUCACGUGGGCGCGGACGCUCGUGCCGUCGCUCAACUCGCCCGAUUCGGAGUGGGCCUUCUCGCACGAGAAGAAGGGCAUUACGGUCUCCGAGGACCGGCAGAAAGGCGGCCUCUUUUACAGCAUCCGCGGCGUCGGCGCGGUCCAGGCGUCGCUCGAGGACGUCAUGGACAUGAUGAUCGCGACCAACACGAGCGAGUUUCGGUCCAUGAUGAAGCUACUGCUCAAGGACAUGAGCCUCGACUCGGCCGUGAUCUACCAGCGCGACCAAAACGACUCGGAGAGCUUGAGCAUCAAGUGGUUUGCGCUCAAGAACAAGGCGGCGAUGGCCACGUCGCAGGACUUUUGCGUGCUCGAGUACGCGGGCAUCUUGUCGGCCGACUACAUUGGCGGUGACCCCAACAAGCUCGUCGGCGUCUGCCUCUACGAGUCGAUCGACCAAAGCGAGUGUCCAUCGCUCUUUGACAGCCAUCGGCUCGAGCGCGGGUCCAUCUCCAAGUGCGGGUAUCUCUUCCGACCCACGGACGAGCUCGGGACGCUGGAAGCGCAGUUCAUUUGCUCCAUUCGGCAGCCGCCGGGCAUCCGCACGACGCGUCGAUCGAACCGCGCAAUGCUCCAGUACUGGGCCGAGUCGCUUUCCAACAUCCAGGAAAGCGUGCACACGCGCCGCAUUAGCCGGCUCCUCACGCAGCGCGAGACGCCGACGUGGGUGAGCGACCACGAGCGACAGUGCUGCCACCUCUGCCUCAAGUCGUUCACGGGCAUUCGGCGAAAGCACCACUGCCGCGCGUGCGGCGAAGUCAUUUGUAAGAAAUGCUCGAUCAUCAACUCGGUGGAUUUGCCACCGAUCGGCCUCACGACGAUGCGCAUCUGCAAGUCGUGCUCGGACGGGAACUUGAUCACGGCGAGCGCGCAAGCCGCCGACGACCAAGGCGCGCCCGAGCCGCUCUCGCGUCGGGGCAGUGCGCUCGACCCGCGCUUCUCGUCAAGCAUGCACGCAAACGAGCUGGCGCUGACGAUCCCGUCGUCGAAAAGCUCGGUGCCCGACUCGGUCGGCAUGGCGUGGCUGAGCCAGAUUGCAGCGCGGGAUCCGACCAAGCGCGAGAUGGUCGAAAAGCUCAUGGAAGGCUUUGGGCUCCAAGAAGAAGGCAUCUUUGAGGCGAGUAGCGGCGAGUACAACCCCAACGCGCCGCCCGAGGACAUUUACGACUUGCUCUGCGACCUCGCGUCCCAAGCGCUCGACUGCAAGUUUGCGAUCGUGCACAUUCUGGACGAGAACCGGCAAUGGUUCAAAUCCAAAGUGACGAUCAAAGAGUCGGACAUUGGCCGCGACUUUUCCUUCUGCGAAGUGCCGGUGGCGACGCGGAUGCCGGUCGUCGUCCUCGAUACGUGGAAGGACGGCCGGUUCGAGACCAACCCGUUCGUGACCGGACCGCUGCAAGUGCGGUUCCUCGCCGGCGCGCCGCUCUUUGACGUCGAUGGCUCGUGCGUCGGCAGCGUCUGCGUCCUCGACUCCAAGCCGCGCGUGAGUUUGCCGCCAACACAGCUGGCGCUCAUGGAGAAACUCGCACACUUGGCCAUGGUGUCGCUCCAAGAGCGCCGCGAGGCUAUCGCCAAGAAGCAGCUCCUGAUACUGCCGCGCCCGCAGUCGGUGAGCUAUGAGAGCGCGAAGCCGUUUAUGCUGGGCCAGGUGCCGUACAACGCGCAGCGCGCAUCGGACCUUGUCCCGCUGCAGAGCUCGUACACAAAGACCGCGCCGUCGGCGUCCCAAGCCGCUGCGAUGCAAGAGCAAAAGAAGAUGCAAGAGCAAAUGCUCGAGCUGCUGCACCAGUCGUCGUUGACGCAACAACAGCUCAAGACGACCGUGUCGCGCCAAGACGCCGGGCUCCCGAGCUCGGGCGAGCGAAGCGUGUAGGGUGUAGAUAGAUCUAGUAG